ACCUCGGCGGCGUCGUCCGCAGCCUCUUCGCAGGCCUCCUCAGCCUCCGAGAUGGUGACGCCCUACCGGGUGGUGAUGCUCGGUGGGCCCGGCGUGGGCAAGACUGCCCUUGUGCACCAGUUCAUGACGUCGGAACACAUCAACGCUUACGACAACUCUUUAGACGAGGAGUUCGGCGAGCAGUCCGUGUCGAUCAUGCUCGAAGGAGAAGAGUCUGAGAUCGUAUUCAUCGACCGGCCAGCUGACGAGAUGACGGUGGAACAAUACCUCUCGACCUACGAGCCGCACGCCUUCGUGGUCACCUACAGCGUGAUUGAGCGCCGCAGUUUCCAGAGGGCGGAGGAAGUCUUGCAGCUCCUAUGGCGGCUCGACGUCAUGACAAACAGAGGCGUCAUCCUCGUAGCAAACAAAACAGAUAUUGUGAGGUCCCGUUGCGUCACGCCAAAAGAGGGAUCGAACCUGGCGGACUCCUACGACUGCAAGUACAUCGAGACUUCGAGUGGCUUCAACCACCAGGUGGACGAACUCCUCGUCGGAAUCCUCAAGCAAAUUCGGCUGAAAACCCACAGUACCGAAGCAACGACGAGGAAGCGUAGUACGCGGAAGAAGAAGUACCGAGGAACGAAGACUUCAGCGAGCCUUAAGGUGAAGAGCUUUUUAACGAAGGUGUGCGGGAAGGAACCCAAAAGCAAGUCUUGUGAGAACCUGCACGUGCUUUGAUUUGGCACGAGGGCUGCCGGGCCUGUCUGAAGUCACGAAAGCCGCCCGAAGAAGAUUCAGUCACCUUCAUUUCCUUGCCAGUAGCCUUUGCAGUGCUCGGAAGAACUAAGACAGUGGAAAAGAAAAAUAGUCUCAACUUUGUUUCUAAUGCAUUAAGAUUGUGGGUAACCAGAGCAUUGCCAGGAUUUUUAGACGUACCUCAAUCAGUUUAUUGCAUUCCUGCUCAGGAUAGCAUACUGAGUAUCCAGUACGCUCGUUAAACUCUGCUUCUUUUCACGUCUGACGCAGACGACUAUAAAUCAUUCAGAACGUGAAAAAGCCUUGGGUAUCAGUUCAUACAGAUAAAUAUGUAUAAAAAAAAAAUGAAUAUAUAUACACACACACAA